AAAUGACAUCUAUGUAUUUCCUAAUUCUGGCAGACAAUCUUCACCAUCCUUAAAAGAGAGCCAGCAUGAUUUCUUCCAUCCCCUCAUUGAAGAGCCUCUCAAGAAGGACCAUUCCUCAGCAGCCAGCUCCUUCUCAAACCUUCCUGAUGUGGAGGGCAGCACCUAUGGAGGGCAGAGCUCUGAGAAAGCACUGUUGAUCUUGAGACUGAGAGCAGACCUUCAGAACCUACAAUCCCUGCACGAGGACGCCACCACUCAGCUCCUGGAGAGAGACAAGCAAAUAGCGGAUUUACAGAAUAAGAUCAGUAGGACCUCCAUCAGCCCAGACAUCAACCAACAGAGUCAGCUGACAGAGAUGAAGCGCAUGAUGGCAGGGAGACAGAUGGACAGCAGUAGCACAACCCACAUCUUGCAGGAACUCCACGACUCCAAGAAGCAUACCAGCGUUGAGACAACUCGCAGAGAAGAAAUCAUCCGCAGCAUAUUGUUAAAGAAGUCUUCGCUCAAAGAUGAACUCUCCAAAGACUCCUCUUCACUAGUGUUAAAGUCUCACUCUUUUGCUGGAAGUCAUGAUGAGACUCAGCUGAGUGAAAACAUUGAAGUGCUUGUGAGCAGACUAGCAGAAGUGGAGGAAGAGUGUCAACAACUGAAGGAGCAACACAAAGCUCUCCAGGACUCUCACAGCCUGUGUGCCCCAACCAUCAGCAUGUUGAAGGAGCAACUCAACAGGUCCCAUCAGACACAAGUGGAGCUUCGCACAGUGCUAACAGCAGAGGUAGCCCAGCGACAUGACCAGAUAGUUGAUCUCCAUGAUGAGCUUAAGGAGCAUGAGCAAAAGCAGCAUGAGACACGGAUGCAGCUGCACCUCAAGAAUGAAAUCAUAAAGGAUCUCAGACGAGAAAUAAAGUCACUCAAGACAAACAGUGAGGUGUGUGACAAGGGUGAUCUAAUCCCAGCGAAAGAAAGUAAAACUCCAUGGGAGACCAAGUGUGCUGAGACACAGACUUCUGAGGUUCUUUCAAAUGAAAUUUCAUCUGAACAGUUGAGCAGAACCUCGAGUGGUUGUUACUCCAAUGCAUCACAGUCCUCACAGGUUUCAAAAUUGGAGAAUGAACUUGCAGAGAAAAGCAUACUCCUUCGAGAGCUUCAGAGCCACCUUGCAGCAUCUCGUCAGGAGCUGCAUCUUAAAGAUGAAACUCUGUACAAGCUGGAGCAGAAGCUGGACUCUUCCCGGCGUGAUGGAGGUGAAAAGGGAGAGCGCAUGCACUACCUGACCAGCCAACUGACAAACCUGCAGCUGGAGGUUGGCAGAACACAUGGUCAGGCAGAACAGCUGCGAAGACAGGUUGAAAAUAAAAAUGAACUGAUUCAAAAGUUGGAGAUGGAAAAUUCUUCCAUGACUCGACAACUCAAUGACAAGUCUUCCACACUGGAGAGAUUCCAGACGGAGCUCAUGAAAAUAUCAACUGAACUAGAUAAUAAGAAAAAGGAGGCCAGUGAGCAGAGACUGACCAUUAGUGCCCUGCAGGACGCACUUGUGUCCAGCAAGAGGUCAUGUGAUGAGCUCCGGUCUCGGCUGAGUAGUGAUCUACUGGUGGAGAGUGGAGCACGUGGCGAGGUGCUCAGGGAGGAGAACCGAGCACUGAGUCGCCGCCUGGCCCUGCUGGAGGAGAGCCAGGCACACACCUCACACCUCCACCACUGGAAGGUAGAUCUGGCCACCAAGGACCGGGAGCAGCUCACCCGACAGCUGCAGGAGGCAGAGAGGCAGCGGCAGGACCUCGUCACCUCCCUUCAGCUGCUGCAGGGACAGGUACAAAGCCUUGAGGAGGAUGUGGCAGCAGCGACUGAGGGCCGAGCAGAGGCAGAGAGGAAGGCAGAUGAGGCUUGGAGGAAAAGUCUUCAGCUCCAGGAGCGUCUUUCUGCCCAGGAGACGAGUGAGAGUGUAGAGCGACUUGGGCGGCAGCUGGAGGAGACGGUAGCAGCCCUCACCACAGCCCGAGAGGAGACCCGCAUCAAGACAGAGCAGCUUCGGCGAGCACAGCUGGACAUGGAGCAGCUGAAUGAUGCUCUGGGUUAUGAGAAGGACCUCAAUGUCUCUCUGCAUGAUCAGGUGGAGUCACUGGUGAAGGAGGUGGCAGCACAUGAGGACAAAGUGGAGGGGCUGAAGAAGGAGCUGCGGCGACAGGCCAGAGAUGCCUCACAGAUGGAGAAGAAGUUUUCGGCCAGUGAGGCGCAGGUGGAGGAGCUGAGGCGACAGGUGAGCACACUGGAGGGACUACUGCAGGAGGAGCAGCGAGAGAUGGUGGCCCUGCAAGACUCCUUCACCCAGGAGGCCAAACUACUCAAGGAUACACGUGCUAAGCUGGACCAGGCCAAGAAGGACACCGCUCGAGGGGAGGAGAAGUGCGCAGGCCUCAAGACAGAUCUUCAGGAUGCCAAGGAAAAGAUAAACCGCCUGGACAGUCGGAUCCGAGAAAUGGAGGGAGAGAGAGAGGCAGAGGUGGCACUGGUGGCCGAGCGACUGACAGUGGCCCAUGAGGACAGUGUAAGGCGCUUAGAGGAGUCUCUAGUGGCCUACACCAGAGUACAUGACCAGGACCACUUCCAGGUGGAGGGGCUGGAGGAGUCCCUAGCAGAGGUGGGGUCACGGCUGGCAGAGGCAGAGAUGCAGCUCAAGGAGACACAGCAAGAGAGAGAUGCCCUGGGCCGCAGCCUGAGGCAAGAGCGAGUUGGACGAGAGGAGGACGCCAAGGAGCACCAGAGACAAGUGUUCAGGCUGGCUGAGGAAAACUCCCUCUUAAAGGCCCGGCUGGAGAGUGUACAGGAGGAGAUGGCAGUGUGGCAGAAGCAAUGUGAGGACCUGGAGCAGAGGCAGGCACUCACUGGGGCUGCCUCAACCCCCACCCCUAACAGCACCCUCCUAACUCAACUGGCCAGGACUCAACGACAGGUGGAGGAGCUGAAGGAGGCAAUACGAGAGGCGGGGCAGGAAAAGCGGGCAGCUGAGGAGGAGAAAACCCAUGCCCAUGAGCAGGUCCUCAGCCUCAUUCGGGAGUGUAAUGCCCUCGAGGAGCAGAUCCACCGCCUGACCAAGGACAAGUGUCGGCUGGAAGAGCAAGUGUCGGGACGCGAGGCAGACCUCACCAUGGCCAGGGACUCCACAAGGGCCCUUAAGGAAGAUCUGGCCAUCAAGACAGAACACAUCACACACCUUGAGAAUGAACUCUGCAUGUUAAAGAAAGGCCUGGACACAGGUGAGGGUGGAGAGGCAGGGCGGCGCGAGGCCAGUGACGUGCGACGGUUGCUACUGGACCGAGAUACUCAGGCUAAGGUGACACAGCUUAAGCUCACCACCCUCCAGAGGUCGCUCCAGGAAAAGCAAAGCGAGGUUACAGGGCUGGAAGAGCAGCUACAGGAGGCUCGCUCAGAUACCGUCAAGAAGGAAGCAGAAGUGGGCCAGCUGAAGGCUCAAGUGGCCAUGUUCAAGGCUCAGCUCUCUCACACACACAGUCCCAACACCUCCCAUCAAGUUGCAUCAGACAAGAUGGAGGCUCUGGAAGAGAGGGUGUCACAGAUGAGGGGUGAGCUGGCAGCCAAGGAGGAACAUCUCAAGCAGGCAAGAGAAGGUGAGGCAAGGGAGACAAGGAGAGCUGAGAGUCUCCAGCAGGAAGUUGCAAGACUCACCAGAGGACGAGAGGAUGCUAUACGCCAGGUCAUGGCACUGGAAACAACCCUGACGGAGACACACGAGGGCAUGGAGGCCAGCCAAUCCAUGCGCAGACUGUGGGAAACACAAAUGGCAACCAUCGAGAAAGAAGUGGCUAGGCUGGUAUGUGAAACUAACCAACUGAAAGAAUGCAAUGCUGCCCUCCAUGACCAGCUUUCAUCUAGCCAGGGAGAGGUUGAAGCUUUGAAAGAUCAGCUGCGGGUACGAGACAACCAACUGGAGGAGUUGCAACAGGCACGGGACCUCUUGGCCAGUGACGCCCAGGUGGUGGUGGCAGCAGUGCGGCAGUGGCUUCAUGAGCAGAAGAUGGCAAACACCAAGCUUGCUGGAAAGCUUCACCAGCAGAACAAACAGAUCCUCCUCCUUAAUACCGAGAAGCAGUUCUUGGCUGAGAGGAACACGAGCCUGCAACGGACGAACCACGACCUAACACUCCAGGUGCACGACCUACGGGCGAGACUUGGCCUUCCACUGACUCCUAACAUACCUGAGAAGCUGGGUAAGGUGGGCGGAGUGCUGGUGGGCGGCCUCGCGUCCCCACGAGUCAUGUCACCCACGCUGGGGGCGCCGUCCAGAGGGCUGGCCUGCCCCUCCACCUCUCAUGUACAAAUGCCGGAUUGCGAUGUUAAAUUCGAUGACAUCAUGAGUACAUGUUCCUCUGAGGGUAGCGCCGCCGGUAGCCUGGUGCCGGGGCCAGAUCUGCCGGGAGCCGCGCAGCUUGACCGCCUGGCCCAGCUGGCGGACUCCCUGCUCGCCGCCUCCAGGAACAUCAGCCGUGCCUCUGGAUUCAUUUGGGGUCACGGAGCGGGCAAACUGACCAGCGCGACCUCCUUGGGUGACCUGACCUCUGUGGGUGGCAUGGAUUACCGCAAGUUUCUGGGCAGCAAGAGAACGUCAGCGUCUGUGGGAAACCUAACCGCCCUUUCUCCUAUCGACAUGAAAGAGAAGGCAGCGCACUCGUUCUCUAAGGUGGGCUCCUGCUUGUCGCCUGGCUCGUGGUCUGGGAGAGGGGACGGCAUUCUGGCGGCCCCGGUGCGAGAGAGGAAAGGUGCGCAUCGAAUCUUCGGCGGCCACAGCAUCGAGGAGGAGACGGAGGAGGAGGAAAUGUCCCGCUGCGAGGCUGUAUCACUCGGCUCUAGCUGCUACUCAAAUGCCACAAAGAAUAGUCCAAGAUCUUCUUUCCAUUUACAGAAGCCAUUCAAGGCAAUUCAGAAUAACCAGAGUACUCAGAGCGCGUGUAGUCCUCCCCAGGCGUCGUGGAGUGAUGCCGCCACCGCCACGCACACCACCAAGACAACCACAGCCUCCCAGACAGCGCCGUCCCCUCCCACCAGUGAUGAAAACCCUCGUAGACUAAGCAGAGGCACUUCAGCCUGAGUCUACCGGUAAUAUUUUGGAAUCGUUAUUACCGCUAUCUAAGUCAGACAAGACUUUUAAGAUGAGAAUAAACAAAUAAUAUUUAUAAUGAUAGACCACGGGCAAGGAACACGUGGAAAUAGAAGUACAAGAGACAAAGGCUUCCAUUCAAGUACUGCAGUCAUUAAUCUUGCUUUCCUAUACUCUUGUAAAUAAUAAAUAAAUACGUAGAAAAUGAGUUAACAAAGAAAAUAAAUGAGUUACAAAUCAGUAAAAUAAUAGCCAUAUUUUUUUUUCGACAAAUGAUCCCGUUAAACAUAUUACAGCUUGUACAAUGAAUUUAUUGUAAAAUUUAAAAUAAAGUUCAAAUGAUAGAA